GGAUUACUCCAGUCAAUGAUUAAUGAUGCCCGUUGAAGGUUCACUACGCCUUAGGCAUAUCCUACACGCGAGCAUUCAGGCGUUCGACCCGGAUGAAGAGAGCUGUAUGCCCUCUCAGAUCUCUCCUCUCUCACAACAGGACACUCACAAACCCCGCAUGUAGUUGAAGAAGGCAUUGAAAUGCUUCGCGCUGUCCUCCCAGACACAAUGAUUAUAGCUGCUUUGGACAUUAUUGAUCGCGAAGGCGUCAUGAAGUACAAGACUUCUUGGGGCCGGCACCACUACGAAGUUCUAGGCACCACUUCAACGUACACUGUCUUUCCGCAUCUCGGUGUUGCAAAUACAGCUGUGUCGAGUUACUGCACCUGCCCAUCAUUCGCAUACGCGGUGUUAAUAUCUGAGAACCAUCUUAUGUGCAAACAUGUCUUGGCGGUUUGCCUUGCAGAUAGGUGGUCUCGAUGUGUCGUGCGCCAUAUCGAAGACGAUGACUUACUGUUGAAAUUUGCGGGACAUGUCUCUCCCUAGACGCUCUGCUUGCAAUCCUCCAUCGCCGACAUAUCUUCAUUUCUAUCAAAGACCUUAUAGAAAUAAGGAGCACCUGAUUGAACAACGUGUCAGAUUUCCCUAGUUCUUUGCUUCUCAAUCACACGAUCAUCACCGUGAAGACUGAGGACCUCGUCAUGCUCUACGAUAACACGUAGCACAGGAAUACGACAUUUCGGUACCAUCUGAACA